GCGCCACAGAGCCAGCAGUUAUUUUUCUGUGGCUCAAAGGCUGCUGGGAAGUUUUCUCUCAGGAAGCAGAUAAAAAUCCGACAUCACAGAGGUUUACGGAUGGUUUAACGUUAGCAAAGUUAGCAGUGAGAUCCACAGAGGUGCAGGGACCCUCUAAAUAUGGAGGACAUAAGCACUGUGAUGUCCUGGUUUUCCAGCCCCGUGUACAGCCGCUACUGGCAGCACUACCAGCAGGCUAUGGCCUGGCACCAGAAACACAGGCGUGCCUACCGAAAGGCCUUGGAGGCCGCCUACGGCCCGGGCUACUGCCAGGAGCAGUAUCCCGGCGGCCGCCAGCGCUACGCAGACUGGCACGCCGGAGAGAGCGACAGCGAGGAUGGGGAUGAGGAGAGCAGCUCGGACAGCGAGAUUGAGUGUGACGUGAGCAACAUGGAGAUCAGUGAGGAGCUACGGCAGUACUUCGCCCAGACUGAGAAACACAGAGAGGAGCUGAAGAAGCAGCAGCAGAUGGAGGCCGAGCAGCACGACAGCUACGUGCCGGCUGACCAGGAUUUUCACGGCGUCUCCUGGCGGAGCACGGCGGCCCCUCCCUCUGAGCGUCCCGGCGAAAGACGUGGGGCAGAGAUGAAGAAGCUGUACGGCCAGGACGCAGCCAAGAUCCUGGCCAUGGAGGCUGCGAUGCAGCUCACAUUCGACAGGAACUGUGACCUCAAGCAGCCCAAGUACUGGCCCGUUAUCCCGCUGAAACUGUAACGGUCGCAGGUAGAGCUGUAAACUGAUUGGGAGGAGAUCCCUGCCCUGAUCUCUCAGUGAGACAGCAGCUUUGUCGUGUAAUGGAUUGCGGCUGACGAGGCUGCUGAUGUAGAACUAAUGGUUUGGGUUAGCUCAGGGUUAGAAGUUAUUUUCGGCACUAAAAAGUUGCAGAAAUUAGCUGAGCUUCUGCUUAGCCAGACGCGAAUGUCACUGACCUGUCAGCUGCUACUCCAAAUGAACACUUAUGGUUGUGAUAAUACAUAUAAUUCUGGAUUUUAAGUUGUUUUUAAUUUAUUUCAGAAAAACACAAGCACAUUGUACUGCCCUACAUUCUUAGAGGCAUUUUAGGACAAAAACCUCAAAAUAAUAAAUAAUGCCAGCUGAGGGUCAGAAGUACAGUAAAACCACCGCUGUAGGUGAUGUAAAUAUAUUCAAACAACAUGUGCCUGCGUGUUUCCUCCUAAUCUGUUUGUGUUUACCCUGUAGCUUGGUGAUGUUUCAUGCUGCAGUAGCUCCUCUUAUGCCUGUCAACACAGUUUAACCACAAAACCAGUUCUCAACCCUCUCCUCUGUUCAUAUUCACAAGCGUUCCUGCAUGGCUGCCGCUGAUAUUCCACUUUUCGACAAACACGAAGAGUGAUUUGUUGUCGUUACUUCUCAGGCAGGCCGCCCUGACUCUGACAUUUUGUCGGGUUCAAAGCCAGUCAUGUGGUUUUUCAGGGAUGUUGACUAUUCUGUUUUAUCUUGCGCUCGCACCACCCUGCACCUCUGUUGAUUUUAAACCGAAGGGUGUUUUAAUAUGAAUUCUGUUUAUAAUAAAGUGUUAUAUGUCUGGAUAAAA